UCAGUUUGGCUGAACGAAAAAAAAUUGGGCAAAUGUCUACAUUGCCAUUCAAUGAAACAACAACGCUCUCAGUUCCCGCGCUGACGUCAGAGUACAAUGACGUCACGACGGCAUCGAAAGCGAUAGAAACCAUUGUGAUGGUCGUGAUCAUGAUCAUAACGACUGUUGGCAACGUGUGUCUCUGGGUGGUCGUGCUGAGGUCAAGGGCCCUGAGGUCUUUGACAAGCAUGUUCAUCCUUGGAUUAUCCACUGCAGAUAUCCUCGUGGGCGUGGUCAACAUGCCCAUCACGGUCUACACAAUUAUAAUGGGUCGCUGGGAGUUUUCGCACAGCGCAUGUGUAGUCUUUGGCUUCCUGAACAUGAUCACCUUGGUUACCAGCGUCCUGUCGCUUUGCAACAUUUCUAUAAAUAGAUAUGUCAUGGUGUGUUAUCCACAGAUGUUCAAGAAUAUUUACACGGUCAAAAACGCUGUUUCCAUGGUUAUAGGUGUUGUUAUAUUUUCGAUUCUACUCUCCGUGCCGCCUCUGAUUGGUUGGUCUGAAUAUGUAUACACGCCCUCGCAUUCGUUCUGUUUCGCUGAUUGGCAGAACCACAUGUCCUACGCGUUCUUCAUGAUAGGGUGUUGCUUCGGGAUUCCUUUCACAGUCAUGUCAGUUUGCAAUGUGUUCAUUUUGAGAACCGUUAGGGCCAGCAGACUUCGAGUUAAAACCUCGUCAGAGCCUCAACAAUCACCUGCAUCAAUUAAGACUUCCAUCAAUCGAUUAAUGAUUGGAAUAAAAAGUGAACGGUUACCUACUGAACACACCCGUGUGACGUUUAAAUCAGUAUCUUCACAUAUGUAUAAAAUAGAGAGGAAGAUCAAAAUCAAACCACUUGUAACUGACAUAAACAAAGUUUCCAAUAAUAAAAGUACACAUUCAAAAAGUGAACUAAAAAAUGACUUUAGUAUUUCCGCCAACACAAUAUCUGUCAUAGAUGAAGAAUCAUUGCCCUCUUCUACUUUAAGCACAGAGCCUUUAAAAACUCCAUCAACAGUCAGCUCAACAAAGGUUCGAAUGACAUCAAAAAUCGUUCCCACGAAAGUUGGUCAAUCCACAACCACCUUACACACACCAUCUUCUCAGUCAACGAAAUCGUCGUUAACGCGUCAACAACGUAGCCGAUUCCUUCAUCCAGACUGGAAACCUGCGUCAGAAAACACACCGCCAGGAAAAGGUUCACCUGUAACAGCAAUUUCACUAGACCCAUCAUCGGACGUAUCGUUUGUCCUACCUUCCAACUCAAAAACAGAAUUCAACGCUCAGGGACCGGUUUAUGAUAAGCAAAUGAGCAAGCCAAAGGUGCAAGAGACGCCGCCCUUAAAACGACGAGAAGAGAUACGACUCGCUUUUUCGCUAAUUAUUGUUUUUGUGGUAUUUGUAAUAUGUUGGCUACCCUAUUGCAUAAUUAUGCUACUUUCAAUAUUUCACUCGGGACAUGUGCCAAGAGAAUUCCAUAUGUUUACAAUAAUUUUAGGAUAUGCAAAUAGUUGCUGUAAUCCUAUCAUCUAUGGUGUCAUGAACACACGGUUCAAGGUUGGAUUUAAGCGCAUUUUCUGUUUCUGGCAGUACAGAACCAGUUCAGGUCUGAGUAGCCCUUAGUCAUAUUGAAGCACUCUCAUACAACUAUAUCACUCUCACAUAUAUUUAUUUUAAUAUUUCCAAUCUGUGUUAGUAAAAAUGUUUCAGACACGUUCCCGGUAAAAUAAAUUAAAUAAAAAAAACUGAUCUAAAUUUCAUUGAAUUAAAGAUACGCUUAAUCCUGUUUUUUUAAACCGGCUUAAAAUAAUUAUGUUAAAGGAACAUCAAGUAAUUUAUCCGGUAUCCAUAAAUAAAAAUAAUUAAUUAGAAUUGAUAUUCUAAUGGACGAAGAAUCCUUCAAUUUCCCUUUUAAUCCAGACUUAAGAUUAGCCAUAAACAGCUGCGGACAACCUUUAUCUUGCGAUAAACAAUACUUCAUACAUGUUAGAUCAUGAAUGUGGCUUUAUAAUAACUCUAAUAAAUGGCCGUAUGGCAUGAUUCCUACGCAUCUGCGCUCCAAAUCGUUUUUAAUAACAGAUAAGCAAAGAUAAAUCGAAUAUUAUUUCUUGGUUAUGAUAUAUACUCGCUUUCAAUUUUUCUUUAUAUAGAGGUGGA